GCAGCAGUGGUAGCUCAGGUCAGUCAGUCCAGUCAGCAGUCAUCCACGCAUCUAUCUAUAUUCCCUUUUCUUAAAUUAGCCACUUUAAGCUUCGCGAUACCGCCCCCAAUUUCAGCGUCGGUACGGAGCCGCCAGGCCGGGACAGAGACGGAGAGAGAGGCCUCGGCCAUGGAAGCGCUCGGACCCGGCCCGCCCGCCCCAACCUCUCUGUUUCAGCCUCCACGGCGUCCCGGCCUUGGCACGGUGGGGAAACCCAUCCGGCUCCUUGCCAACCACUUCCAGGUCCAGAUUCCCAAGAUUGAUGUCUAUCACUAUGAUAUUGACAUCAAGCCUGAGAAACGGCCUCGGAGGGUCAACAGGGAAGUGGUGGACACCAUGGUGCGGCACUUCAAGAUGCAAAUCUUUGGAGACCGACAGCCGGGCUACGACGGGAAGAGGAACAUGUACACAGCUCACCCACUGCCAAUUGGGAGAGACAGGGUGGACCUGGAGGUGACUCUGCCUGGUGAGGGGAAAGAUCAGACGUUCAAGGUGUCUUUGCAGUGGGUGUCUGUGGUGAGUCUACAGAUGCUGCUGGAAGCCCUGUCGGGUCACCUUAACGAGGUCCCCGAAGACUCUGUUCAGGCCCUGGAUGUCAUCACGCGGCAUCUGCCUUCCAUGAGGUACACUCCAGUGGGGCGUUCGUUUUUCUCCCCUCCGGAGGGCUAUUACCAUCCUCUGGGCGGAGGCAGGGAGGUGUGGUUUGGUUUCCAUCAGUCUGUCCGUCCUGCCAUGUGGAACAUGAUGCUCAACAUCGACGUGUCAGCGACAGCCUUCUACCGCGCUCAGCCUGUGAUAGAGUUCAUGUGUGAGGUGCUGGAUAUACAGAACAUCAACGAACAGACCAAACCACUGACUGACUCGCAGCGCGUCAAAUUCACCAAGGAAAUAAGAGGCUUGAAAGUUGAGGUCACACACUGUGGUCAAAUGAAGAGGAAGUACCGUGUGUGCAAUGUAACACGCCGACCUGCCAGCCACCAAACGUUCCCCUUACAGCUUGAGAACGGCCAAGCCAUGGAGUGCACCGUAGCUCAAUAUUUCAAGCAAAAGUACAAUCUGCAGCUCAAGUAUCCACAUUUACCCUGCCUGCAAGUAGGGCAAGAACAGAAGCACACUUACCUUCCCCUGGAGGUCUGCAACAUAGUGGCAGGCCAGCGCUGUAUCAAAAAACUGACAGACAACCAGACAUCCACCAUGAUCAAAGCCACAGCUCGCUCAGCCCCCGACAGACAGGAAGAGAUCAGCAGACUGGUCAAAAGUAACAGCAUGGUCGGGGGCCCGGACCCUUACCUGAAAGAAUUUGGCAUUGUGGUGCACAAUGACAUGACCGAGGUGACAGGACGUGUUCUCCCAGCACCCAUGCUACAGUAUGGGGGCCGGGUGAGUACAGACACAGGGAGAGACUGUGGCAGGGGACUCUCUCCGCAGAAUAAAACCGUGGCCACGCCCAACCAGGGCGUGUGGGACAUGAGAGGGAAGCAGUUCUACGCCGGCAUCGAGAUCAAGGUCUGGGCUGUGGCCUGCUUCGCUCCACAGAAGCAGUGUCGAGAGGACCUGCUCAAGAGCUUCACUGACCAGCUUCGAAAGAUCUCCAAGGAUGCCGGGAUGCCAAUUCAAGGCCAGCCAUGUUUCUGUAAAUACGCCCAAGGAGCUGACAGUGUGGAGCCCAUGUUCAAACACCUCAAGAUGUCUUAUGUAGGCCUGCAGCUGAUCGUGGUCAUCCUGCCUGGAAAAACACCAGUGUAUGCUGAGGUGAAGCGGGUGGGGGACACUCUCCUUGGCAUGGCAACCCAGUGUGUGCAGGUGAAGAACGUAGUGAAGACGUCCCCUCAGACCCUCUCCAACCUGUGCCUCAAGAUCAACGCCAAGCUUGGAGGCAUCAACAACGUCCUGGUGCCUCAUCAGAGGCCCUCUGUGUUCCAGCAGCCCGUCAUCUUCCUGGGUGCGGAUGUCACACAUCCUCCAGCGGGUGAUGGGAAGAAGCCGUCCAUCGCGGCGGUGGUGGGCAGCAUGGAUGGCCACCCCAGCCGUUACUGCGCCACAGUGCGAGUCCAGACAUCUCGGCAGGACAUGUCCCAGGAGCAGCUCUUCAGCCAGGAGGUAAUCCAAGACCUGACCAACAUGGUGCGCGAGCUGCUCAUCCAGUUCUACAAAUCUACGCGCUUCAAACCCACACGAAUCAUCUAUUAUCGUGGCGGUGUGUCUGAGGGACAAAUGAAACAGGUCGCAUGGCCGGAGCUGAUAGCCAUCAGGAAGGCCUGCAUCAGUCUGGAGGAGGAUUACAGGCCAGGCAUUACCUACAUUGUGGUUCAGAAACGUCAUCACACUCGUCUCUUCUGCUCUGACAAAGCUGAGAGGGUUGGGAAGAGCGGUAACGUCCCAGCAGGCACCACAGUGGACAGCACCAUCACACACCCGUCCGAGUUCGACUUCUACCUGUGCAGCCAUGCUGGGAUUCAGGGAACCAGUCGUCCGUCCCACUACCACGUCCUGUGGGAUGACAACUGUUUCACUGCCGACGAACUGCAGCUCCUCACCUACCAGCUGUGCCACACCUACGUCCGCUGCACACGCUCCGUCUCCAUCCCAGCACCGGCCUACUACGCCAGACUAGUGGCUUUCCGAGCCCGCUAUCACCUGGUGGACAAAGACCACGACAGUGCUGAAGGCAGCCAUGUGUCGGGUCAGAGUAACGGCCGGGACCCCCAGGCGCUGGCCAAGGCAGUCCAGAUCCACUAUGAUACCCAGCACACCAUGUACUUCGCCUGAGCUAUCAAGCACGUCAGCCAGUCCACCCGCGGAUUCCCCGUCUUUCUCUCUUUUAAUCUCUUAUUUCCCUGUCUCUCUCCCUCUCUUCUCCCACAUCUCUCUCUCUCUCCUUGUAGUCUGUCUCUUUCUCUUCACACUCACUCUACUCAUUUUCCGAAUCUGCACCAAAGCGGCUCUUGGACGGGGAAAAAUCUGCUGUGUCUCGACGUCCAGCAGGUUUUUGUUUCCACGAACAAUCUCCAACCAGCGUUCCCAAUCAAGCCGCCUUUCAAACCAGCAAUCCAGCACUGCGACCCCCGAGGGUUCCCAGUGCGCAGAAGAAAAAAAACGAAAAAACAAACCAUACACACAUACUACAAGUUGAGCCAUUAUUUUGAGUUUGUUUUUUUUUUCUAUUUGAAUGUCUGCACUCUUGUGUUUGUAAGAUACACUGAGCAAGGGAGUGGAUUGGCACAGUCCGUGUCAGCGCAGCUCUUCAGCUCUCCCAGCUAAGCAGGACUCUUAUCUACUUUUACCUCAGAGCCCCUUUGGGCAAAAUCUGUCACAAGGUCUUGGGUUUAUUGGGUGGUGGGGAGGGAACUCUACAGGAAAAGAGACGGAGGGGAGUCGACCUUUUGAGAAUGAUAUAUAUAUAUAUAUACAUAUACAUAUAUAUAUAUUUUCCUUUUUUAUGAGCGUGUGUUUUAACUUUUUCUCCUUUACCGUCUUUUACAAGCGAGGUGACCUGGGUGUCAUGCCCAUUACUACUUUCCUCCCAUCUUAGAAGAAUACGCAGGUCUGAAUGUGUGUGAGUGUCUGUUUGUGUGUGUGUGUGUGUGUGUGUGUGUGCGUGCGUGUGUUUGUUUGUGCGUGCGUUUGUUUGUGUGUGUGCGCAUCUCUGUAUAUACAUGUACUGCUGUAUGAGAGUGUGUUUGUGUGUGCAUGUGUGUUUCAUGGCAGGCCACUGAAUUGUAAAGGGAAAUCAAGGAGAUAACUGCUGUAAAUGCCUCAGAUUUGUUGUUUUUAUAUUCACACAUACAGUACAUAUAAGCAUAUAUUUACAUCUAUAGAGCAACUUUGAGACAUAUGACUUAAACAGGCCUCCUAGAGGCUGGUGUGGGUAUUUGUAGCAGCCCUGGCUCACUUAUUAAUUGAAAUGCUUCGAAUUACAUUUUGAGCAUGUGCGUUAGCCUGCUGCUAGUGCAGGAUGGCUGGGAUUUGCACCUGUGGGAGCCAGCUGCUCCUUUGUGCCUCAAAACAUCAAGUCCCAUGAAAAGGAAAGGUGAUUGAAUCCAUUUCAAGUAGUGAGUGAAGUCAGGUCUGACGUGUAGCAGUAGUAACCGUGGUCUGGCCUGCGACUGGCUCAGCAUUGGGACCUGUUGAAUGGCUAAAGGCAUUAAACACAGAGUAUGGUCUUAUCAGCCUUGCUUUCUGUGUUAAAAGCAGGAUCUUAUUUUUCUUUGGACCUGAUUAUCAGAAAGAUUAUAUGAUGACACAGCUGGACGUUGCUUUUCUUUUCCUUUUUUUUUUUUUUUUUUUCUUUUUGUAGUAGUUUCAAGGGCCGGAAACCAACAUAGUUUUUUGAGGUGUCCUUUGCUAAUACUGGCCAAUUCAUUGCACUGACCCGGGACGCUAGGCAAGCAACAGAGGGCACUCUCAAUCUCUCGUACCUUUAUGCAUUUAUACAUACGAAUCAACAAAGCAGAUUUGUAAAAGUUUAAUAUAAGAUGUUUUGUGGUUAUCUUAAAAAAAACUGUUGUUUAGAAUUAGUAGUUUACCAUUGAUGUUGUUGUUGUUAUCGUUGUUGUCAAUGUUGUUACUAUUGUGAUGAAAUUUUCCGGUUGGCAGCAAAGCCAGUUAUAUAGUUACUAGUGCGACUUCAGGAAUAGACUUCAGUUGUUGAGCUGCAGGUUAAGGGGUUAGAGCUUUGGGUUGGACAUUUUUUUUUGUAGCAUUCUGGUUAAUGGUGAGAAGAAGUAGGCCCCAGGGUGGAUGAAUUCAUGCUUCCUCUGCAGGUUCUGAUGUGAGUGAAACCUGGCGGCAGAUUUGAGGUAUCGUGUAGCACUCCGACGGGUAGAACAGAUCUGCCGCUGUGCGCAUCACUCAGCCGGUGUCGUUGGGUUUUGAUCAGAUGGAUGGAGACAAUCAGGGAUCGUAAUCAGAGUGAACCUAGAUUAAGAGAUUUGUUAAAAAGCGGUCUGUGAUAGGCGAUGAGUUGAAUUUUUAGACUUUUUAAAAAAUGGUUUCUAUUACUCUGUGUGUAUUUGAAGUAUACCCAUCUUAAAGUCUCUGCUAUUUGACAGUGUUUGUUUCAUAUUUUUAUGCAUUUUUAACACUGGAUUAAAUGAAUUGACAAUAAGCAUAAGCACUGCCCUUGGACCCCCUGUACAAACACUCUGCAAACUGUCAGCAUGGAAAUCGCAGCGAUGUGCCGCGGUCACAACGGCACAGGUGGUGCCCCCUGGUGUUCUGAUUAGGAAAAGUUGUAGGGCGGGAGGGUUUGGAGAAGCAGUCGACGUGCACGCCUCAUCAGGAGGGACAGCUCAGUGGAAGCCCUUUUGUAAUAAACCACCCGUAAAGCAGCAGGUUUACUAUGAAUGAGUUUGAGCACCUGCCUGUUGAAGGCGUGGGCGUUGGCUCAUUUAGGAGCAGAGAGGCAAGAAAAGAGGAGGGGCUGGGGUGGGGAGGGUGAUGUCCAGGCAUUGCAUGCAAUAAGUUUUACUCUUUGUUGAAUGGGGGCAGAUCAAUUUUUAAAACCGUGCACUAGUUUUACCAAGCCAAGUGGGCUGUGAUUGAUGUUCAUCUGGCAUCUCUUAAUAUGGAAUGAUUUGAUGUUUUAUAUCCGUCACAAUAUUUGAUCAUUAAACUCCAGUCUGAUAAACGGCCACUCCCUGUUUGUAACAUGACAUUGCAAAGCAAUAUUAACCCAGUUCUAGUUUUCAAACGUGGAAAAGCAAAGCUAUAAUUCUUCUCAUUGUGGUUGUUGGUCUACUUUCGCAAUUGUGUCUGUGCUUUUUAUUUUCUUAUUUUUAGUUCAUUUUAUUUGCUUGUAUCAAUCAGUGGGAAUGUGCAUUUGGUGGAAUAGUUAUGUAGGCUUUAGACAAUUUUCUUUAAAGUAACAAAAUGUAGACUUUGCUCGCCUGCAUGCCAGAGUAUUGUCCAUUUAAAAAAACAAAAAAAAAAAAAAAAAAACCUUUUUGGAAUCAUAUUUAUUAUGAGAAAGAAAAAAUAUAAACGCUUUUUUUCCUUGUCUUUUUUUUUUUUCUUUUUGGUAAAUGUUUAUGAAGUUAGUGGGACUGUUUUAGGCUAGCAAUAUUUGUCCGGUCUCUCUAAGACACAUUUUAAAGAUUCCUACACAAAUGUCAGUAAUUUGGGAGGUACACUCUGUUUUCUGAGGCGAGGGGGGGGCCCAGCUCUUUGCGUCGUGUUCAAAUUCAAACGAGGUACUUUCUUCAAACGUGGACCCGUUAAAGACCUAACCCCUCUCGCCUUCGCCAGGUUACUGUAGCGAGCAUCCAUUUCGUCUCCUCGUUCCUGGUUUGUACCUGUGGCCACGCCUCUCGGUGGGGGCUCUCCUGUCUCCAUGGCAACUCUGCUGACCCCUCACAAGUGCACUUCCUCUUUGUGAAGGGGUCCCCAUGGCACCAGCGGAGCAGGAUUACCUCUUUUUAACCUUUUUAAAAAAAAGAUCCAUAAUUCUUUCUGUGCCCCAAUAGAAAGAGAGCAUGAAUUAUUUUUAAAUUCCUCUCACUUUGAUAUAUUGUUAUAUCUUAACGAAUUUGUAAUUUGACAUUGUGUAUCGUGUAUUUUAAUUUAAUUUUGUUUUUUGGUUUCUUUUUUUGGGGGUUUGUUAUAGCUCUGCUCUGUUUUUUUUGUUUUGCUUUUUUUUCUGCUAGUGGUCUCUGAAGCUGUGUGUGAUUGUCUAAUAGCAAUAAGAAUCAUAGAAUUGGAACAUUCCAAUACUAUGAAUGGAAUGUUCCGAUUCUGUGAAUGAACGGAGCCCUUCCUGAACGGUUGUGAGAGGGCGGGGCAUGUUGUGGCCCCGCCCCUCAGCAGAGGGCCAUCCACUCGCUGUUAUUGCUAUUAUGUGACAUGUUCAAAUACUUUUUUUUUUUUUUUUUUUUAGCCUGCAGGGAAUUCUUGUG